UUGACUCUGUUCAGCAAAAUGCUAAGAUUCCUCGCAAUAGCAGGCAUAUUUGCAUGUGGUUUUUUGAUUUGUGGCAUUUCGGGGCAGAAGAAUGUGGGCCCCGGAAAAUGGUCAGUGCUGAACAUAAUGAAGUGCGACAAAGACAGCAUGAUGCCGAUGAAACUGGAGGCCAAUAGACGCAAGGUGAACCGGACGCACGACGGGUUCAACGCUAAACUCGAAGUGGAAGAGGAGAUCGACGAUUCCUACGGGAUCCGCCUAGACAUUUGCAAAGUGGUAGACGGCGGUUGCAAAGACUACAGUACAAUGGCGGACGACUCUCUGAUAAAGUUCGCCAAGAAAUACGCCGAAGGAAACGUGGAGACAGCAUUCAAGUGCGCCGACAUAGAUCCGCCAGAAUUUCCCGUGCCCGUCGGUGUCCACAGUAUAAGUCAGUUUCUAUUCAACUACGACGAGCUCCCUCCUGAGGGCCCGUACGGCGAAUUCAUGGCAAGCGGCUACCUCAUAAAGGAUGCGAGGGAAGUCAUGUGCGCUAAGGUCCACGUCUUAUUCGAGGAAGAAGAGGAGGAAUAAGAGUAGAAGGAACAACAGAGUAUAAACUGAUAUGAGAC